GUUGAUGUGACAAGUGUUUCUUUAAUUCUGUGAUUAAUUUUUUUACUAAAAUUCAUUUUAAAAUGUUUUAUGACAAAGUUUGUGGUGUUAAGUUGGACCUUGUGAAGGCUGGUGUUGCUGUGGGAUUUUAUGAUAUAAUUUCUAUCAUCAUUGAAGUUUUUAUCGAAUUCAAGUUCUAUGUGGGAUUUGAAACUUUCCAGUUAAUUUCUCUUGGAAUAUUUUCAAUCGCAAUUUUGUGUAAUGUUUUGUUAAUUCAUGGAGCUACUGCGAUUAAUCACAGUUUGCUGAUUUAUUGGAUUGUUUUAGCGUCGAUUCGGGUACUCUUAAACACAAUAAUGCUUUUAAUUCUAAUGUAUUUCGGAUCGUUCAAAGACGUAUUCUUUGUCUAUUGCACUGAAAUCAUUGAAUUUGUUCUUCUCAUACUUUGUUACAUUAUCGUUUGGAAACUUUAUAUCAAACUUAAAACAAGCGUUCGUAAUGAUUUUUCUGUGCUAAACGAGAAUGUAUGAAUAUCAUUUUCAUAGAAGUAAACUAGAAAAGAUAAUAAGAUGAAAAGGAGAAAUUUGAUUAGGAAAUGUUUUACUGUGUUUUAUCAUGUUUAAUGUUUUACUCGCAUGUUUAGUAAUGCUCUAUUGCCAUAAUUUUAAAAGAAGUGAAAGGUCUAUUGUCAUAAUAAAUUUUAUCUCGUUUUUUAUAAAUUAUC